AUGAUUAAUUUUGAUAUUCUCGAAGAAGAAUUAGAAAAAGCAAUAGUUGCCGAUGAAAAAUAUCAAAGAGAAAACGAUGCUAAAUUUCGUGCAGUGGAACAAAAAGUUGCCACAUACGAUGAGUUUCGUGAUAUAGUGAAAGCAUCGCAUUUAAAACCGUUAGAAAAAACGGAAAAAAUAGUCGAUCCAAAUUUAUCUCAAAAGAAUGUCAUAUGGAACUCUGUGGCUAAAAAAAACUAUGAAAAAUCUUCACCGUAUAACGAAUGGAAAAAAAAUAAAAAACAUUUUACUGAAACCUAA